AUGAGGCUGUCAACAGGGCCGCAGACGGCCAACCACUUUUGGCCACGGUUAUGGAUGUCGGCAAGGCCACUCGGGGGCGAGGCAAGGAAGGCAAAGGGCAAAGGCCGCCUUCCUGUCAGGGAGACCAUUGUGGACGACGUUGACUCCCGCGUCUUUGUUCAAGGAGGUGCCUGGAUCUCAAAAAACACGGCACUGCUGACAGAAGCUGCUACAGCCCCUGACUCAGCAACCUGUGUCUUAGUUCUGGAAGGCUCUCACUUGUACAAGCAAGUGUGUCGUGAGGAAAGAUACUUCAAACCCAAGAUUGUACAAGGGUUGCUGCAGUCGUUUGUUGCUGACAGACUAAAAUGCAGCGUCGCUCUGUGUAUUGAGGACGACAUAGGCGCGCCCUUGGAUGACAUCACAGAUGACAGCGAAUCCAGCACCAGCGAGCACGAUGACGAGAGUGACGAAGGAGACUUUUUCGAAGAAGGGACUCAGCAUUUGAUUGACGCAGACCUUACGAGUGAAGACAUCUGGUGGGCUGGCUGGGUCCUGAGCAUAGCCAAGGAAGACGCAUGGCCCGUCCUUCUCAAAAUGUACAAGUUGGAAACGGGGGGAGACGUUUGGAAGGGUGAGCAACUGGUCUUUGCGAAGCGAAAAGUCGUUGAGCGGCCUUCCCAAGGUUGGCAAGAAGAUAUCAGUGCGUCUGGGGCCGUCACAAUGAUUUUGCACGCGGCAAUCAAACCUGAGCAGAGCGAUGAGAUGUAUCUGUCGGGUUCGGAGAUCCAAGAUGAAGAGGAACAGGAUUCGGACGAGGGAGGUCCAAGCAGGCGGGACGACACUCGAAGAACCAAGAAGAGUGUCAUUGCCCCUGUCAAGCAAGAUUCUAAGUGGGCGUUACAUCUUACUGUAGCCCCUGCUGUUGGAGAGGGGGUGCAAAUCACUGAAGUUGAGCCUGCUAAGGAGAGGCUUGGCCAGAUCUUGGGGCGGCAAAAGUUACAUUAUCGGGGCGCCGAGUGGUUCCAAACCAUCGAUUUGAUGCUACAAGAGGAGCGCCUGCGGCGCAAACGCCUCAAAAAGAACGCCGGCAUCAUCGUCGGCGAGUCUCCUCCGGAGGGCUCCACCAAGGAUACCGCCACUUGCGUGGAGACUUCCCCUUCUCCCGCCAAGCAAGCGGCGGCCAAACGCGGCCAGGGGGGCCCUGUCAGAAGCUCGAAGAUGUUGAGGGUCAGCUUCCACGAGGGCGGCCGCGGCGCGCCCGUCACGCACAUGGUGGAAGUGCCAAAAUGCCACAGCGUUGCUACGUUCAAGAGCACGGUUAAGGACGCGUUGGCUGACGAAGACAUCUUUGGGGAGGAGAUCCGGAGCGCCAAGCUGAAGUGGACAUAUGUACAAAGCGACGGGGACACGUGCGAGCUGGACAUAUCUCCAUUCACGGAGGCAUCGGCGUUAGAAAGUAGUUCUGCAUUGCACGUGUAUCUACUGCUCAGGAAAUAAAUGCUUAGCUGACACCCCGCUGACACCAAAUACAGUUUGGACAGCUUACCUUAAAAAGAUUUGAGGUGGUCGGACUUGUAGUAAACCGUUUGUACAGACUGUGCGGCUCUCCGCGGUCACAGCAGCCAAAUGAUGCUGCCGCGCGCUGGCCAUCCGUCCC